ACAGCGGGACAUCCAAUGAGAGACGACGCUGCUUGUGUCACCAUGGUGACGGGGCUGUGCCCAAGGAGGUUGUGAUGGGUUGACAGGUGCGUGACAAUCGGAGCUCUCUGCAAGCAUGUACGCCAAAGGCAAGAGUAGCAACGUGCCGUCCGACAACCAAGCCAGAGAAAAGUUAGCUCUGUAUGUGUACGAGUACCUGCUGCAUGUAGGAGCGCAGAAGUCAGCACAGACUUUUCUCUCAGAGAUCCGAUGGGAGAAGAACAUCACAUUAGGAGAACCUCCGGGGUUCCUCCACUCAUGGUGGUGUGUUUUCUGGGACUUGUACUGUGCGGCUCCAGAGAGAAGAGACUCAUGUGAACACUCCAGUGAGGCCAAAGCCUUCCAUGACUACAGUGCUGCAGCAGCUCCCAGCCCGGUCCUCGGGAGCCUUCCCCCAGGAGAGGGCAUGCCAGUGGGACCAGUCCCUCCAGGGUUCUUUCAGCCGUUUAUGUCACCUCGAUACCCCGGAGGACCCAGACCAACUCUCAGAUUACCCAACCAGGGACUGGGAGUCCCAGGCAGCCAGUCCAUGUUACCGAGCGGAAUGGACCCCACAAGACUGCAAGGACAUCCAGGUAUGGGAGGUCCGAUGCAGCGGAUGACACCGCCCAGAGGCAUGGUACCGCUCGGGCCCCAGGUAUGGGACAUGGGCUAUGGAGGUGGGAUGAGACCACCACUUAACGCCCUGGUUGGUCCUGGGAUGCCAGGCAUGAACAUGGGACCGGGUGGGGGCAGACCUUGGCCAAAUCCUCCUAACUCCAAUUCGACCCCCUACUCUUCUGCAUCUCCAGGAAAUUAUGUGGGACCACCAGGAGGAGGGGGGGCACCUGGGACCCCAAUAAUGCCAAGUCCAGCAGAUUCAACCAACUCUGGCGACAACAUGUACACGAUGAUAAACACAGCCCCUCCAGGUGGAAGCCGACCAAACUUCCCUAUGGGUGCAGGUGGCGACGGCCCAUUAGGGGGGAUGGCUGGGAUGGAGCCCCAUCACAUGAAUGGAUCACUAGGGUCAGGUGAUAUGGACAGCCUCCCUAAGAACUCUCCUGGUAACCUUAGCAUGAGUAACCAGCCUGGGACCCCCAGGGAGGAUGGAGAGAUGGGAGGAAACUUCCUAAACCCUUUUCAGAAUGAAAGUUAUUCUCCAAACAUGACGAUGAGUGUGUGAAGGCUCUGAAGCAGGUUCGGUUCAGCCGCCCAUCAUGCUGGGGUGCAUCAGUGAAAUGCAGCGGGACAGGAUGUGAUGUCAUCUAGACCAGUGACUCUUCCUCCACCACAACCUGCCAUGUCAGGCAGUCGCCCCCCGCUCCGUCCUCCUACUAACCCCAGACCCCCCCCCUCCAUCGUUUCUGUCCACGUCUCUUCUCUCCCGUUUCUUCUGCAGUUUGAAGUGGGGACUGCUACAUUCAUCAGUUCUUCCUCUGCAACUAUGAGACUGUACAAAGGAACCAAAUUGAAACCCCUGGAGGAGAACUCUUUGUAUAUUUGCAUACAGCGUGAAUGAGACUGUGAACACACUCCUGUCUGCCUUUUGUUCAUGCCCAAAAACAAAUCAGUAUCCUAUUUAUGCUAAGGUUUUAAUGUUCAAGGAUUUAUAGAAACGUUUUGAUUGAUGGUCAAAUUUAAUCCAACUGGUGGUCACAUCUUUAGUCUUUUCUCGACAAAUCGUUUGUCCGUUACUGAAAGACAAUUGGAGAUACAUCACAAUAACAAGGUUUAUUUAAGGCUUGUGCAGAAAUCUGUCUUAAUAUUCAGCUUUUGUGGUUUUCACACGUGUUCAGACCACUUACAUUGUGUUGUAUGUCUUAUACUAUAAGUCGUUUUGCUAGUUAUACUCCCAAACUCAGCCAUAAUUGUUAAAAAUGUGAGAUCUCUUCAAAAUCAAAAUGGGAAGUAACAUUGUGUUCAACUUUUGUUGAACACAAGACCAUGUGGGGCGAUAGAAACAAAAUCCAAUCCAAUUAUGAAUUGAGUGAUUCUAAUUGUGAGAGAAAUAUUGUGUUACUUCCUCUUUCCAAAGGUAUGUUAUAAUGCUGUGAGAGCAGUAGAGAUAACACUGGGUAAAAAGGUUUAUACCCACUAAUACAAACUGAUUUUUUUUAAUAUAAUAAAGUGAUGCAUCUUUCUUUAUUAAGCAAUUAACCUCUGUUCCAAUUGACGGUGUUGGCAGUUUCCUAUUGGGCAUUUUUACAUCCCGUUGAGUGCACAGGACAAAAGUUCGAUUUUUUUUAUUUGACUAUAUUAUAUAACAAAUGAGGACACUGAACCUGUCAUGUGAUUUGAUUUUUGUUUGCUGGUACCUCUGUUAUCUGUAGUUAUUUGAACCUUUAUCCUAAUGAUUCAUCAAUUGACUUUCUUGAGUGGACUAACAAAGAGAUAUGACCAGUAUGAAAGGUGAACUGUUAGACACUAGCUUAUUAAGUCACUCUGGUUCUCUAUUUCCAUCCGGAUUAACUGUGAUCUCUGUGUGAUGUGAAAGGUUGGUUGGUACAGAAAGCUAAAGAAGCUUGUUUUUAAUCAAUGUUUUCAACUUUUUCACCGCCCAAGAUGUAUAAUCAUCAUACAAAAGGUCGAUAUGCCUGUGAACAUUUCCCUCUCCCUACUGCAUAGUGUACAGCUCCCAAAUGUAGCUCCUCUUGUCUUGUAUGUGUAUUUGAUAUUAUUAUUAUUACUAUUAUUAUUUAAACAAAUCUGGAGAGGAGGGAUGGACUGCUGGUGCAACAUCACAACUGAACAGAAAUAUUUUAUUUAGUCACUUAUGUUAGAUUGAAGCCAUAAGUGGGAGUGCAAGACGAUGCAUUUGUAAAUUGGAUCAUGUUUUCUGUUUUGUGGCAGUAUGUGGGACUCCAUUAGUGAUGUGUUAAUUUUCUCUUUUUUAUUCUUGUAUUAUGUUUUUGUAAAUACACAGAGAAGAAUUUCAUGAGUUUUAAAUAUGCUAGUAUAAAUCUUCUCUUCCCUUA